GCACAUUUGGUAUGAACCAGGACCGAGGGUGUGGAAUGACAUCGAUUAGCUGUGGAAAUGGAAAAUUGAGGCAGUGGCUGAUAGACCAGAUUGACAGUGGGAAGUAUACUGGGUUGGUGUGGGAGAAUGACGACAGAACCAUCUUCCGUAUACCAUGGAAACAUGCAGGGAAACAAGAUUACAAUAGAGAAGAAGACGCAGCACUCUUUAAGGCUUGGGCACUUUUUAAAGGCAAAUACAGAGAAGGCUUUGACAAACCAGACCCUCCCACCUGGAAGACAAGGCUCCGCUGUGCUUUAAAUAAGAGUAACGACUUUGAAGAACUAGUUGAGAGGAGUCAGCUGGAUAUAUCAGACCCAUAUAAGGUGUACAAAAUCAUUCCCGAAGGGUCAAAGAAAGGAAUAAAACAGCUUGGCUCAGAAGAUAACCAGCUAAUAGUGAACCAUCCAUUUGCUGUACCACAAGCUUACACUUCUUUACAGCCGCACUCUCAGGUGCCACACUUUAUGGUGUCUCAUGAAAGAAACUGGAGAGACUAUGUACCAGAACAACCACAUCCUGAGCUUCCUUACCAGUGUGCAAGUGUCCCCUUUGCAGCACGCAGUCACCUAUGGCAAAACGCUUCCUGUGAUAACAGCUAUCAAGUAACUGGAUCAUUUUACGCUUGCCCACCAUCAGAGUCUCAAACUCCCGGCCUUCCAAUAGAGCCAAGUAUACGGUCCGGAGAGGCCAUUGCAUUGUCAGACUGCCGGUUUCACAUCAGCUUAUAUUACCGUGAUACCCUGGUUGGUGAGCGAACAACAUCCAAUCCGGAAGGAUGCAGGAUUUCACAUGGACAAUGCUUAGAAAUAAGUCGCUUAGAUCAAAUCCUGUUUCCUUACCCUGAAGAUAAUAGCCUGCGGAAAAACAUUGAGAAGCUGCUGAGCCACUUGGAACGAGGUGUUGUUCUCUGGAUGGCUCCUGAUGGAAUAUAUGCCAAAAGACUGUGCCAGAGCAGAAUUUACUGGGAGGGACCUUUGUCUAUGUACAGUGAUCGUCCCAAUAAGCUAGAACGAGACUUGCCCUGCAAACUAUUUGAUACUCAGCAGUUUUUAACAGAAUUGCAAGCAUUUGCUCACCAUGGACGUCCAGUUCCAAGAUUUCAGAUCAUUUUGUGUUUUGGGGAAGAAUUUCCAGAUGCUCAGAGAGGAAGGAAACUAAUUACAGCUCAUAUUGAGCCCGUGUUUGCCAGACAGCUAAUUGGCUUUGCAGAACAAAAUGGAGGACAUUUUAUGAGAGGAUAUGAAUUUUCAGAUCUCAUUAGCAGCUCAGAAGAGUAUCACCGGCCAAUUCGCCAUAUCCCACUUCAGGAAUGAAGAUGACUGAUAAUCACUGACUAGCACGGACAUGAACACCUCCAUCUACUGCCGUAGACCCUUCUGUGGCGAGGAACACAACAAAGCAGAAGCUUCUAUUUUUAUCUGAGAAAUUUUCUUCUAACCUAAAGAUGUUUUAUUUCAC